AACAACUACCAUCGACGAAACAGUCACCCGCCUAGCUCCCGAGAGCGUCUCAUAUCUCGGUUCGAAUCUUUUUCCCUUCGUCAGGCUGUCGUCUCACUGGCCCUCCUGCCGCCACCAUGUCGGUCGGCAUGGGCCAGUCGCUCCAGCUGGCCGACUACCUGGAGAAGCUGCCGGGCACCACCUUUCGGAAACUCUACCAGCAGCCCUCUUCGGCCUUUUCCAUCUUUCGGCGCAUGCUUCCUAGUCUCGCCAAAACGUUUGUCAUGUGGAUGCUCUACAUGUCGCAUCCUUACAAAUUGGAAGACCUCGAUGCCCGAGUCAAGCCCGAGUUCAAACAAAGCAGAGACCACGCCCUCGCCGUGUUACGAACUCUCCACAUGAUUCAGUACUCGGUUCCAUCCAAGGAUCGGCCACAGGAGAUCCAACUCACCACCAACUUCAAACGCUCCAUGCAACUGGCCCUCGAAGGCGGCGGCAGCCACAACUCCUUCGGCGUACCCUCCGACCUUCCCCCUCCCCCCGAAGUCACCAUCGCCUUCCUCGACGAACACGCCCGCCAGAAGUUCGACGCCAUACUACACUACAUCGUACACAGCGUCGCGCCGGGGCUAAUAGAGGCAGGCGGUCCAAAGUCGUCCGUGAAAGAACUGCUCCUCGCAGGCGGCAUGGUCCGCAGGCAAGGCGGCGUCACCUCCAUCACGCAAACCGGCUUCACCUUUCUCCUCCAAGAGAAGAACGCGCAGGUCUGGACCCUGCUCCUCCUCUGGAUCGAGGCCAUGGAGCACUCGCCCGCCUCCGGGCUCGAAGCCACCGAGAUGCUCUCCUUCCUCUUCCUCCUCGCCACCCUCGAGCUCGGCAAACCCUACGACACCGGCGCCCUCACCGACCAGCGCCGCAACAUGCUCCCAAGCCUCGCCGACUUCGGCCUCGUCUACGUGCCCCAACACAAGCCGCAACAGUACUUCCCCACCCGCCUCGCCACCGACCUCACCGACACGAGCCGCUCCAUCUCCACCCGCUCUCUCGGCGCCGCCUGGGCCGCCGCCUCCGCCCCUGCUUCCGGUUCCGGUUCCGGCUCCGGCGCCGAAGAAGAAGAAGCAAGCAGGGGCAAGAUCAUCGUCGAGACCAACUUCCGCCUCUACGCCUACACCCAAAACGUCCUCCAGAUCGCCGUCCUCUCCCUCUUCUGCCGCAUGUCCGCCCGCUUCCCCGACAUGGUCUCCGGCCGCCUGACCCGCGACUCCGUCCGCCGCGCCAUCACCUUCGGCAUCACCGGCGACCAGAUCAUCUCCUACCUCGCCGCCCACGCCCACCCGGAGAUGCACGCCUUCGCCGCCGCCCAGGCGAAGCCCGUCCUGCCCCCCACCGUCGUCGACCAGAUCCGCCUCUGGCAGCUCGAGAACGAGCGCAUGAAGACCCAUUCCGGCUUCCUCUUCCUCGACUUCGUCGACGAAAAGGAGUACGUCGACAUCGCCUCCUACGCCGACGAGAUCGGCGUCCUCGUCUGGCGCAAUGACCGCCGCCGCAUGUUCUUCGCCUCCAAGCACGAGCAGAUCCGCGACUACCUUCGCCUCCGCAAGAAGGCCUAGCGGGUCUAAAGGGCCCGGAAAGCGCGGCAGUGGGUACUGGGGCCACUACCCAUAGCUUUGCAUACCCAAAUUCCCCCAUAUUUUCCGUUUUCUCUCGUUUCUUUUCCCCCGGGGGGGAAUAUCGCCACUGAGCAAACGAGAACACUGA